AUAAGUCGGAGUUUGAGAUGGAUUUGCUAACACAUUCUUACAGAGCAUAUCAAAUAGUCAAACCAGUAGCAUUUGAGUUAAAGCAAUUGGAAACAGUUUAUUUGAAUCAUAAUGUCAUUCGCCUGCUAUAUUGUGUUGUCUUUGUACGGGGCGUACCUUUCUUCAGCGGCGCCUGUAGUACAGACUGUGGCGCCUAUAGUACAUGCUAUAGCACAAACAGUGUCCACCAGUGACGCCAACCUCCAGAUACACGAUCAACUAGUCAGUGAAACAAUGCAACUGAAUCAAGUGGAAAAAACUACUCUUGAUAGCUACAGAUUAAACCGAUUUCACGAUCCGGACGCAACUGCCGAAAAUAUAAAUAUAAUUGGUUUACCGAUAGCAAGCGAACUUUCUCUAAACACAAGACUUAUGGCCACGGUAAGAUAUUAUUUUAUUUAG